CCGUUCAAACACGUCACUCUAAGAAUGCUAUUGUUGCUCGCUUCAAAAUCUUUUUUUGUCUUUUUUUUUUUUUUUUCGUGAGGCAACGGCCUUUCAGUCUAACUAAACAUCGCCGUUAUGUCGUGGGUCGUCACCCGCUGAUUGGGAUCGUCGCACCGCUCCCAGCACAUACGUCACCGGUGUGUGCGGUCGACGCGGUUACGUCUGGAAUUCCUGUUGAUUCAACCUUCCCAAGUGGCAAGUAUACACCGGGAGACCCGGCAGUUCCCACUCAGACUUGCUCACUCGCAGCAGGGGCAAGCAGUCAUGCCUCAGACCGACAGGCCAGCCAGCGUUGCCAGCGUCGCCAGCGUUGCCAGCGAAGACGGCGACUUGUUCAGUCGAAUCAGGGAGUUCAUCGGGCGUAGUGCCAGCAGCGUCGAAAGUAGCUUUCUCGAGCAAGGCGCGUCAUCGGACUACUGGGCCACGUCCGAAGAAUCCCUGGGCCACGCGGCCUCUUGCAGUACCGUGGACGAUCAAGGAAGCCGCCCGGACUGUUCGACGCUGCCGGAAAAUGGAAACGUCGUCACCGCGCGCGCGUCGCUGGGCAGCGUCCACUCGGUCAGGAGCGCUUCGGAGGGACAAUCUCCUCGUCGUGCGAGCACCGUCGCAGUCAAGUCUUCCCACGGGCCGAGCUCUGGGUCGAUCGACUUCAAGGAGGAAUUUCGAAAUCAGGGACCGUCGUCCCUGGACGCCAGGGUCGGCGAAGGUCCAGUUCAACUCUUGCGAUUUCAGGUUGCUCCCGUCGCUGGUGAUUCUGCGCAGUCUGACGAACGACCCAUCAUUCAAGAUGGCGGCAUGUCCAGCUACGAGCGCAACCUUUACCUUUACCAUGAGGAAAUGCCCGACCGUCCAAGGGUGGCUACAUUGCUCAGCAGCCUGGCCAAUUACGAGGUGGCCAUUCCCUCCGUGGCUGGAGAAGAGGCCCAGGCUGCUCCCAAGAAAGCCAAUCUUGGGACGAUUGCGGGCGUGUACUUCCCAUGCAUUCAAAACAUCUUUGGAGUCAUCUUCUUCAUUCGUCUCGUUUGGAUUGUUGGUGUGGCAGGUGUCCCUGUCGCCUUCCUCACUGUCUUCAUGUGCUGCUGUGUUACAUUUACAACGUGCAUUUCCCUGAGUGCUAUUGCAACAAAUGGCAUUGUGCCAGCGGGCGGUUCUUACUUCAUGAUAUCGCGCUCACUGGGACCAGAGUUUGGAGGUGCAGUGGGCAUACUGUUCUACCUUGCCACCACAGUAGCAGCUGCAAUGUACAUCACUGGAGCUGUUGAGAUCUUUCUGAACUACCUGGUUCCGGAGAUGUCCCUUUACGGGGACUUCCGGGAGGACCAGGAGGUGAUGUACCACAACUUCCGCACCUACGGCUCCAUCCUGCUUGUGCUCAUGACCUUCGUUGUAUUUAUCGGCGUGGCCUUUGUCUCGAAGCUGGCUCCCAUUGCCUUGUUCUGUGUCCUCAUCUCUAUCACCUCGGUCUACGUCGGGGCGUUCGUCAACUAUGCCGGGAAACCGGACACUCAGAUAUGCGUGCUAGGAGACCGUAUCCUGAGUGGUGGAGACUAUGUUUGCUCCAAAGAGCGCAAUGUGUCCAAGUCCCUUUGGCACGAGUACUGCAAAGUCCAUCCCAAUGCCACUUCAGAAGAUGACUACAGCUGCUACCCAUACUUCGAAAAUCAUGAUGCCGAGUUGCGCCAAGCGCUGCCUGGCCUGGAGAGUGGCGUGUUCUUUAAAAACAUUCGUAUAAUGUUCAAAGAAAAGGGCGAAGUAGUAUCGGAAUCGGAUGAAUCUGUCUUCCCAUCAAAGAGUGAAACAUACAACCAAAUCUUGUCGGACAUCACAACCUCCUUCACAUUCCUUGUUGCCAUCUUUUUCCCAUCAGUCACAGGAAUCAUGGCUGGAUCAAAUCGCUCUGGAGACUUGGCUGAUGCACAGAAGUCUAUUCCAGUUGGGACGUUGGCUGCACAAAUGACUACAUCUGUUGUUUACAUUUCUGGUGUGUUUUUGUUUGGAGCAGCAUUUGACAACCUCUUCCUGAGAGACAAAUUUGGUGAAAGCAUCAGUGGGGGUCUAGGAGUGGCACAACUAGCUUGGCCCCACCCACUCCUGGUGGUGUUGGGCUCUCUGCUGUCCACCAUUGGAGCAGGUCUACAGUCCCUCACAGGGGCUCCGCGUCUCCUCCAGGCUAUUGCCAAGGACGGUGUCAUUCCGGUGUUGAAUGUGUUCUCGGUGAGCUCCUCCCGAGGAGAGCCUGUGCGGGCACUUUUGCUGACUGCCUUCAUCUCGGAGCUGGGCAUCCUCAUUGGAAACCUCGACCACAUUGCACCAAUCCUGACCAUGUUCUUUCUGAUGUGCUACAUGUUUGUCAACCUGGCCUGCACUCUUCAGAGCCUGUUGAAAACUCCAAACUGGCGCCCCCGUUUCAAAUAUUACCACUGGUCGUUGUCAUUGACCGGAGUCGUCCUUUGCCUGGUGGUCAUGUUUCUGAGCAGCUGGUAUUACGCUCUUGCCGCCAUGGCGAUUGCUGGAAUUGUCUACAAGUACAUUGAAUACCGAGGCGCUGAGAAGGAGUGGGGAGAUGGUUUGCGUGGUCUGGCCUUGAGUGCCGCCCGCUACAGCCUGUUGAGACUGGAAGAAGGCCCGCCCCACACCAAGAACUGGAGGCCUCAAGUCCUGGUGCUGUGCAAGCUGAACCAGGACUACAUGCCAAAGUACCGCAAAAUGAUCAGCUUUGCCUCGCAGCUCAAAGCCGGCAAAGGCUUGACUCUGGUUUCAUCUGUGCUGGAAGGAGAAUACAACAAGAUGUUCAGUGAAUCCCAAGCCAGCAAGCAGAGCCUGAAGAAAGUGCUAGAGGAGGAGCGUGUGAAAGGAUUUGCUGACGUGGUGGUUGGAACAAACACCAUCGACGGCAUUUGUCACCUAAUUCAGACAGCAGGUCUUGGUGGCCUCAAGCACAACACUGUCAUCCUAGGCUGGCCGUACGGAUGGAGGCAGUCUCCUGACGAACGGUCCUGGAAGGUUUUCAUUGAAACAAUUCGCAAUGUUUCUGCCAGCAAGAAUGCCCUCCUGGUGCCAAAGAACAUCAACCAGUUUCCUGACAACACUGAGAAGCUCCAUGGAACCAUUGAUGUUUGGUGGAUUGUUCAUGACGGUGGCCUUCUGAUGCUUCUGCCAUUCCUGCUGAAACAGCACAAGGUCUGGAAGAACUGCAAGCUGAGGAUCUUCACUGUGGCCCAACUGGAAGACAACAGCAUUCAAAUGAAAAAGGACCUGGCCAUGUUUCUGUACCACCUCAGAAUUGACGCUGAUGUGGAGGUUGUUGAAAUGAAUGACAGUGACAUCUCAGCAUACACGUAUGAAAGAACUUUGAUGAUGGAACAGCGUACAGAAAUGCUCAAACAAUUGAGGCUCAACCGAAGAGAAACAUUAAGCAUGGUCCAGACCAUAAUGGAUCAUCAUCACCAUGUGCAGAACCACACCAGCUCCAAGGUACGUUUUAGUGACAAGCCACCUCAGCAAGCUGAGGAUACAGAGCUAGUGGAGGUCGCCACGGAUGAAGAUAACCGUUCGUCUCGGCGUUCGUCGAGGCAGUCUUCACCAACCAAAUCGCCAUCUGGUUCUCCAACUAAGCAGCCUUCGGCGUCGCCAAAAGAAGGUUCACCAGUCACGGAGGAGGAAGAAAAGUCUAAAGAAGAAAGUGCUGCUGAGAGCCCAGAGAAGACUUCUCCGACUCAGGAUGGGUCAGGCGAUUCUACUGGACCCGCAACCAAUGGUCCGACAGCAAACGGGCAGAAAAAGCAGGAGUCUUUUGAUGGACUCCUCAAGAUCCGGCCGGAUGAAGCCAAUGUGCGUCGCAUGCACACUGCCGUGAAGUUGAAUGAAGUCAUUGUCAACAAGUCCCACGACUCCAAGUUGGUGAUUAUAAACCUUCCGGGUCCCCCAAGGAUCCAGAGAGGAGAGGAGAACUACAUGGAAUUCCUGGAAGUGCUGACCGAAGGGCUCGAGCGUGUUUUGAUGGUGCGAGGUGGCGGGCGUGAAGUGAUCACCAUCUACUCUUGAGCACACCUAGCCCUGUUGGACGACCAUUCUGCUGUGGAAUCUCAUGCUCCCUCUGCUCUCUCUGUCUUAAUUUAUUUUGUGAGUGUUGCAGGCUGUCAGUUUGGAAUGAAGAUGAUGUGGAGAGCCUCAAGGAUUUUGUUUUAGCUGCUGGUUAGAAUGUUGGGAGAGGAAUAGAAACCUGAGGGGGGGGGGGGGGGGGAGGGGGAGUGCCCUACCUCUUGAGACUGAGCGAUCGGCUUGUUUGAGACGAGUUGGACGGUGGAGUGUUUGCAAGUCACUGCUGCACCUAAGGGCUGAAAUUUUGCUUGGGAGCAUGCUUCUAUAGGGACCUUUCGGUUUGCCAAGGAGAAAAAGAAUGACCGGCAUAGUCUUGGAAGAUAGCAUCUUUCUCCAUCUUGAACAUGAGUGGAAUUUUUGCAAUGGAAAGUUUGUUUUUCUUGCCACUGCUGUCAGUUUAUCUUUGCAGAUAUAAAAUGGGUGCUUAUUGUGUUCCAGCUUAUGUGGGUACCGAAACUGCUCACUGACCCGAGCAUUAUUAGGACAGGCUACUUCAUGGGGCCAUCUUUUCUUUCCCUCUCCUUUGCUCCUAGAGUAGACACUUUAGGACUUCGGUGUAUCUGCAAGCCCAACCCAAUCACAUGAGAAAUGAAGAUACUUUCAAGCAAAUGUUCUGAGAUGCUGCUACCAUCAGGUUUUCUACUUUCAGCUGCAACUUUUGUUAAAUUAAACUAAUGCUUUCUUUCUUUCUCUUUUUAUUGCCUGUUGGUUGCAGCAUCUUCCAUUACAAUAUCUGCCAUUUUCUUUUUGUUAAACAUCGUACGAACUGAUGUAGAUGUGUGCAUGCAUGUGGCAGCUCAGAGGCAUGUAUCAUACUUCACGAAUUUGAAAAUUGCUUGCAAAAGCACCACAAAAUUGUAGAGUAAGCACGUCUGCACUCGUACAUGACCCUGACCACUGGCUUCUUCUGUUAUGUCUCAAAAUAUUGCCUAAUAUGUGGCAACACUUCUGAAAAAAUGAGUGUGUGUGUAUGCAUGCAGCUAGAUGUUUAAGGCUUGGAUAUUUCCUUUAAAGAAGAGGUAUUUAUUUUUUAAUUUAUUUUUAACUAAACAGCCAAUGCAUAGCUUUCUCCCCUUUCCUUCUUUAACCCCCAAGUGUUUUUAAGUGGGGACUGAUGCCUCUGCUUCAUUGCACUCCACUUUUUUCUAGCUGUGUAUAGCCCAAGAGAUGCUACAUGCUUUAUUAUUUCUAUUAUUCUAUAUACGACAAUCCUCCUAAGCGCUCUCUACCCUUGCGGUUGGUUCACCUGCAAGGCAUGGAAAGUGCACUGGUGUUAAAGGUAUGGGCAAAAGUGGCUCUCUAAGGAUGAGCCUACUGCUUUGCAAGCUGCAAUAAAUCUAUAGCCACAGGCCAGGACUGUUUUGUAACUACCCGUGCCUGUGAAUUGUGCUGUCCUUGAGUGUUGACAAGGGAAAACAUGGAUCAUAGGAGGAGAGUUUUCCUGAGCUUUGCCGCCGGAACAAACGCUGCAGUCCUAAACAGCCUUGUAUCCUAAACUAAAGUAGGCUCUGUGUCUCCAGGCAAAAACCGAUUUCUGCUUUUGGUGUUUGUGAUACACUAGCUGACUUUGCAGGGUUAGUUAGAACAAGUUUAACUCUUAAGUCUUUAAAUGUCAAGCUAACCAACUAGGUGUUUACACUGUGGUGUGUUUCCCGGUUCAAGAAGCCAUUUCUCUCCCGAUUCACAAACAGGCGGGUGUUGCUUUGUGGCAAGUCGUAGGGCAAAAGGGCUUGGUGAGACAAGUGGUGUGGUGUGGAGUGGAGAGGGUAUGGGAGAAGUCUGGACAUUUCCUGCUCAUAGCUCAAUAUUGACUGUUACAAAUAUACGAAUGUUAGAGAAGUGCUGACCGUAUUUUUGUACAUAUUUCCCAAACCACAUGCAUUUACAAAACGGUUCGUACUGCUUAGGUAUAGUCAAGGGCGAUAGUUGGGACCUAGGAGGAAAUGAAAGUUGAAAAGAGUGGCGAGAUGCGAUUGCUGUAUACAGCGGUUUUAUCUUUCCUUUUUCCCCAUCCUCUCUUUCUUCUGAAUGAUGUUCCCUAACUGUGCUUACCAUUGUUUUUUCUUUAGAUUUUUUUUUUUUUUUACAUGCUGGUGUGUGCCAUUUGCCAUGUGAUGGGGUCUGCCAGCUGCAUUUGACAACUGUGAAUGACUAAGCAUUCUUCUGAACCUUUUGUGGAGUUGAAAUCCAUAUAUGCAUCCUCUACUGUUAAUUUGUUUCUGCACAAACAAAUCUUUUGCUUGCUUGCUUUUUUUUGCUUUUAGCGAAAUGUUUUUAUAAUAUUGCAAAGUAUAGUUUUUUUUUUAUUAUUUCCAUACUAGAAAAGCAAUUCCUCUUGAUGUGAUAUGUACUAGGAUACAAGCAUUAUGAUGAUAAAAAGUUCAGUGUGAGUGUGUGUGCACAUAGAAAAAUUACCCUUUACUAUAAGAAAACAGUUGGGCUAAGUCAUUUUGGUUCUCAUGCCUUUUCUUGCAUUGUUAUGAAAGAAAAUUAUUUUAGACUUUUGACUAAAGCUAGGUUUCAGUUCAACAUAUAUUUUUAUUUCAGCAGUCCACACUGAUGAUUAUUUAUUUUGUUUAUGCCUUUGCGUACUCUGCCACUGCAGAUCAGGUGGCACUAGCAAAACCAGUGUAGGUGGGCAUUCUUUUUAUGAGGUUUGAAUACUGCUACCAUUCUCUCGGUAUGUUUUGUUGCGGGUAUUGUACAUACAUGUAUUACCAACAUUCUGUCAAGUCUCAGCCUAGCUUUAUAUAAGCAGUGCUGAAUACCUUUUUAGUCCUUGUUACAUAUUUCUGCUGGUGUCACGUCAUGAGCAAAUGCCAGGAUUGUUACAUCGCCCCUUUCUUUAGUCCUUGCCUCUAUACCAUUUCCCACAAUAGUCAUGCAGUGCUUUGCCAGAGAGUCUGCGCUGAAACCACAGUCUGGAUUAGCUGAGCUCGUCCACGAUUUGUCCGCUGCAUUUUUAUUCACUAUGCAUGUUUUUACCUCAUAAACUUCGAACAUAACUGGAUAUGAUUGGCUCUUUAUUAGUUGACUGCUUAACCUGGCUCUUUGCCUUACACUCUCAGUGGCUUGACAACCUCUCGAGCAGAAUCUGAGGGGAAGGAGGAGAGACAGGCUCUCUUGAUGACCAUUGCUGUGUAGUGCUCUUAGCUACUGCUGCCACGUUAGUGCUGCACAAGCUUAUCGGCUUGUGGAUUUCCUUCAUUGUAUCUAUUUCUUCCCCAGACCAGUGUCAAAUUGCUAAAACAGUUUGGAGCAGCCUUCCGUUUACGAUGUCCUUCUCUAGUUCGAGCCCGUUUCUGGUUUUGAGGUUGCCUCGCUGCUUGUAGCCCAGUAAUACUGCGGGAGAGUGCAUUAGUCACAUCUUCUCAGCACGCUCUGUCCAAGGGCUAGCUCGGAACGCACAGCACUGCCUGCCACCCGUACACAAAAGUUGCGUGUUUUUUUUCCUCCAAAAUCGGUUUUUCCGACCAUUAGUUAACACUAAUGUCCAAACCCAACGAUGCACGUGCCGCUGGCGCUAUAGCGGGUGCAGGUUCGAGCAAAUGGGAGGCCGUAUAAACUCUUUGCUUUCAACACGUACCAGUAGAAGACACGAAGUGUUCUGGCGUUAGAGUAGUAAUUUGCCUUUUGGAUGUGCGAUUCCCUCGGUGCAGGGCGACACGCGCCUCCGUGGUAGACGACGGUCUCGGUUCAUUGUUUCGUGUGUGCUGUUUUAUCGAUGUUUCGCUCUUCCAGCUCUGUUUACGGUAUGUGAAAGAUUUUACCCGAGGAUAAUAAAGCAUCUUGUUAACCUUU